CCCCUUCACUCAUGAACAAAUAUUUCCCUAUUUUGCAUGCAUACACCUUUCUCUCUCUAAAACCCCAACUUUCUCUCUCUAAAAAUAAACCCUCUCCCAUUUCAUUCCCCUUCAUCAUCAAUCCACACUCCUAUUCCAGUUCAUCAACACACUCCAAAAUCAUCAAAUCACCCCUUUAUUUUAUAUAUUUAUAAUAUUAUUCAUCAAACAAAUUCUUCUUCAAAAUUUUUAUUCAAAGUUUAAACCCUUAUUAUUGUUUCUCUCUCUAAAUCUGCUGUUUCUGAUGCAAUGGAGCCUCAAAGAAACUCUCAGAUGCUACAAAAUUUAUACGCGGUGGGACCCGAAGCUAGGUUUCAGUCAAUGUCGGCGCCGCUGGUGGUUCAUGACGGUGUUUGGACGGCCUAUGAUCGGAAUCAGAUACCCGAUGUGGAUGAAAGCGUGUCUAAUUUGUUUUCUUCACUAAAUAUUUCAUCUCCCAGCAAUUUUCAUUGCCGGAAUAUUAUUCCUCCGGUGGGUUACGACGGUGGAGUCACCGGCGCCGGUACCGGAUCCCCGAUCGGCGCCGGUGAGGGUUCCGGUCGUCACCCGUUUCGGACCGGAAUUCGAAGCAGUUAUUAUACCCUUGGUGGACAGACCAGCGCCCUUACGGUGGACCCGCAGCGGAAUUAUUAUCCUCUGUGGAGGAAUAGAGAGGUGGGUUGUUCUGUUGGGUUUGACCAGAUGUUUGACUUUGACCAGUCGUUUGACUUGCUCCCCAAGGAACAUAUUUACAAUCCACAUAAUGUUUCAAGAUCUGUUAAUGUUAGUGUUUUGUGUUUGAAAGAAUUGAGGGGCAAGGUUUAUGCACUGGCUAAGGAUCAGAAUGGUUGUAGAUUGUUGCAAGCAAAGUUUGAGAAUCCUAGUGAUGAAGAGGUUGAGUUUGUGUUGUAUGAGGUUUUGGAGUACAUUAGUGAGUUGAUGAAGGAUCAGUUUGGGAAUUAUUUGAUACAGAAGCUGAUUACUGUGUGUAAUGAUGAUCAUAAGUUGAGGAUGCUUCUGUCUUUGACUGAUGUUCCUGUUGAAAUGGUUCUUGUUUGUAUGAACCCACAUGGGACUAGAGCGAUGCAGAAGUUAUUGGAGAAUUUGACGGACCCGUAUCAUAUUGCGUUGGCUAUGGCGGCUCUGCGCCCUGGUGCAGCUAGAUUGGCUAGUGAUCCGAAUGGUCACCAUGUUAUUCAGUAUUGCUUGAUUCAUUUUCCUAGUGAUGUUAUUGAGCCUAUUCUGAAUGAGAUAGCAGAUAAAUGUUAUGAAGUUGCAACGGAUAGAAGUGGCUGCUGCGUGCUGCAGGCGUGUAUGGAGCACUCUCAUGGAAAAGUGAGAAAUCGUUUGGUUGCUGAGAUUUUGGGCAAUGCAGUAGUUCUAGCAGAAGAUCCUUACGGAAACUAUGUACUUCAACACAUGGUGGGGUUGAAAGUACCAGAGUUCACUGCGCGGCUUGUGAGGCAGCUUCAAGGGAACUUUGCAUCCCUUUCCUGCAACAAGUAUGCUAGUAACGUCGUCGAGAAGUGUUUGAAUGAAUCGAGCGAAGAUAUUUCUAGACAAAUUGUUAUGGAGUUGAUCACAUGCUCAAAUCCUGCAUUGCUUCUAAUCGACCCCUAUGCAAACUUUGUUAUACAGUCUGCAUUGACAGUUUCGACGGGACACGUGUACAAUUAUCUGCUGGAGCUCAUCUCAGACAACAUGUCAUCUAUGAGAACAAAUCUUUAUGGUAAAAAGAUAUUGUCAUGGUUUGAAAAGAGGAGGAUCCUAGCAAUCUAGACCAAGAAGAAGUUGUGAAUACCUCAGGUUAGAUGUUGUCAUCAAUGUGUGUCCCAUAUUAUAUAUCUUGUGUUUGUAGUGAAUGUGUUGUCACUUGAUGUGUUAAAGUUUACUUUCAAAAGACAGAUGGAAUAAUAAUGUUGCUGCUGUAUACACUCCUUUUGGUUCAAUCUUGUAGGUCAAAUUAUGCAUAUGUAACCAUUGUACUACAAAGUUAUGAAAUGACAUCAUGGUAGGAUAAUGUUCAAAA